CCCCGCCCCUGCUUCCUGGGCCGGGCCGGGUGAGGCCUCCGCGCCCCCGCCCCGCCCCGCCGGAGCGGAGCGGAGCCGCUGCCGCCGCCGCAGCAGCGCCGGGCGCGCUCGCCGCCCGUGGCAGGAGCUGCAUGUGCGCGGGAGGAGCGGCGGAGGAUGGCGGUGCUCAAGCUCGCCGACCAGCCACCACUGGUCCAAGCGAUUUUCAGCGGCGAUCCAGAAGAGAUACGGAUGUUGAUCUACAAAACUGAGGAUGUCAACGCCUUGGAUGCUGAGAAGCGGACUCCUCUUCACGUUGCAUCAUUCCUGGGGGAUGCAGACAUCAUUGAGCUUCUCAUUUUGUCAGGCGCUCGUGUUAAUGCCAAGGACAACAUGUGGCUGACUCCUCUCCAUCGAGCGGUUGCCUCAAGAAGUGAAGAAGCAGUGCAAGUGUUGAUCAAGCACUCGGCCGAUGUCAACGCUCGGGAUAAGAACUGGCAGACUCCGUUGCACGUGGCGGCUGCAAACAAGGCGGUGAAGUGCGCAGAAGUCAUCAUCCCCAUGCUGAGCAGCGUCAACGUCUCUGACCGAGGGGGGCGGACAGCGCUGCACCACGCGGCUCUGAACGGUCAUAUUGAGAUGGUGAACUUGCUCUUAGCCAAGGGGGCAAACAUCAAUGCUUUUGACAAAAAGGACAGAAGAGCUCUCCACUGGGCAGCGUACAUGGGUCACCUGGAAGUUGUUGCCUUACUGAUUAAUCAUGGUGCAGAAGUGACGUGUAAAGACAAGAAGGGUUACACCCCGCUUCAUGCAGCUGCGUCCAAUGGGCAGAUUAAUGUUGUGAAACACCUCCUGAACCUGGGGGUAGAGAUUGAUGACAUGAACAUCUAUGGAAAUACUGCAUUGCACAUUGCCUGUUACAACGGUCAGGAUUCUGUUGUUAAUGAGCUGAUUGACUACGGUGCUAAUGUAAAUCAGCCUAAUAAUAAUGGAUUCACUCCCUUGCAUUUUGCUGCUGCCUCCACUCAUGGAGCACUGUGUCUUGAACUGCUGGUGAAUAAUGGGGCAGAUGUCAACGUUCAGAGUAAGGAUGGGAAGAGCCCUUUGCACAUGACAGCCGUCCACGGCAGGUUCACGCGGUCGCAGACCCUCAUUCAGAACGGAGGGGAAAUCGACUGCGUUGAUAAGGACGGUAACACCCCUCUCCAUGUGGCUGCGAGAUACGGACAUGAGCUUUUGAUCAACACCCUCAUCACCAGCGGAGCUGACACUGCCAAGUGUGGGAUCCACAACAUGUUCCCGUUACACCUGGCAGCGCUGAACGCUCACUCCGACUGCUGCAGGAAACUGUUGUCAUCGGGACAAAAGUAUAGCAUAGUGUCCUUGUUUAGUAAUGAGCACGUGCUGUCUGCAGGCUUUGCCAUAGACACCCCUGACAGUUUUGGAAGAACGUGCCUCCACGCUGCCGCUGCAGGAGGUAAUGUGGAAUGUAUAAAACUCUUGCAAAGCAGUGGAGCAGAUUUUAAUAAGAAGGACAAACGUGGGAGGACACCUUUGCAUUACGCAGCUGCAAAUUGUCAUUUCCACUGCAUCGAGACACUGGUGACAACAGGAGCCAACGUUAACGAGACAGACGACUGGGGCCGCACCCCUUUGCACUACGCCGCUGCUUCCGACAUGGACCGAAAAAGAAAGAAUAUUUUAGGUAACUCCCAUGAAAAUGCUGAAGAACUCGAAAGAGCCAGUGAGAUGAAGGAAAAAGAAGCUGCAUUGUGUCUGGAGUUCCUGCUGCAGAACGAGGCCAAUCCAGCCAUCCAGGACAAAGAGGGGUACAACACCGUGCACUACGCUGCUGCCUAUGGGCACCGGCAGUGCUUGGAACUGCUCCUGGAAAAAACCAACAAUAUAUUUGAGGAAUCAGAUUCUGCAGCUAUGAAAAGUCCUUUGCAUUUAGCUGCCUAUAAUGGUCACCACCAAGCCUUGGAGGUACUUCUCCAGUCUCUGGUCGAUCUGGAUAUCAAGGACGAGAAGGGCCGCACUGCUCUGGACCUGGCGGCGUUCAAAGGACACGCAGAGUGCGUGGAAGCUCUCAUCAGCCAGGGCGCUUCUGUCACCGUAAAAGACAACAUCACCAAGAGGACACCCCUCCACGCCUCGGUCAUAAAUGGCCACACACCUUGUUUACGGUUGUUGCUGGAAGUUGCAGACAACCCUGACGUGACAGACGCCAAAGGACAAACCCCGCUAAUGCUUGCAGUGGCAUAUGGGCACGUUGAUGCUGUUUCUUUAUUACUUGAAAAAGAAGCAUGUGUAGAUGCAGCUGAUCUCCUGGGAUGCACAGCUUUACAUCGAGGGAUCAUGACUGGGCACGAAGAGUGUGUUCAGAUGCUGUUAGAGAAAGAAGUAUCUAUUUUAUGUAAAGACGCCAGAGGCAGAACACCUCUGCACUUUGCGGCGGCUCGGGGUCACGCCACUUGGCUGAGCGAAUUACUGCAGGUAGCACUUUCCGAGGAAGACUGCGGUCUGAAAGAUAAUCAAGGUUACACACCGCUGCACUGGGCUUCUUACAAUGGUCAUGAAAACUGCAUCGAGGUACUAUUGGAACAAAAACCUUUCCGCACAUUCUAUGGUAAUAGCUUCUCUCCAUUGCACUGUGCUGUAAUCAAUGAUCAUGAAAACUGUGCAUCACUGCUCAUCGGAGCCAUCGAUGCCAGCAUUGUCAACUGCACAGAUGACAAAGGAAGGACGCCCCUCCACGCAGCCGCCUUCGGGGACCACGUGGAGUGUCUGCAGCUGCUGCUGAGCCACAGCGCGCAGGUGAACGCGGCCGACCAGGCGGGCAGGACGCCGCUCAUGACGGCAGCGCACGGCGGGCACCUCGGGGCGGUGGACUUUUUGGUGAACGUUGCCAAGGCUGACCUGACGUUAAAGGAUAAGGAGUUGAACACAUGUUUGCACUUGGCUAGCAGUAAAGGUCAUGAAAAAUGUGCCUUGUUAAUACUUGACAAGAUACAAGAACAGAGCCUUAUUAAUGCAAAAAAUAAUGCAUUGCAGACACCUCUCCAUAUUGCUGCCCGAAACGGCUUAAAGAUGGUGGUUGAAGAGCUGCUGGCCAAAGGGGCAUGUGUCCUCGCAGUAGAUGAAAAUGGUCAUACGCCAGCCCUGGCUUGCGCUCCUAACAAAGACGUGGCUGACUGCCUGGCACUCAUUUUGGCUACCAUGAUGCCUUUUUCUCCUUCCAGUUCAAUGACGGCUUUCAACUUCGUUUGUUUUAAAAAAGACAAUUUGGGCAGGACGCAUCUCUGCGAUGGCUCCAGUCUGGGUAGCAUUAACUCUUACAAUAAGCCCUUGAGUAAUGACGUAGGAACAGAGGAUGGAUACAAUGAAAAUGAUUCGGAUUCUGAAACAUUUUGACCUUUUGGUAUUCAAAACCUUUUUUUUUUUUCAUUAUGAUUUCAUUUCGGCUCUAUGUUUGUCUUUUUAAACAGCUUAAAUCCCAUGGCUACAUUCUUAACAAGUAGGUAUUCAAAGAUUUGGAGUGUUGAGGAGAACCAAGCCUUUAAAUAACAAAAGUUAGAGGGAUUUAUCAGAACAUAAUCCCAUCAAUGUUCUGCAGCUUUUCAGCUUCCUCGUGUUUGCUUUAGGCCCGAAGUGCCCCUGUGGAAAGUCUCUACCUCUUCUUUUAAGUAGAAAAAGGGAAGAUGCCUUUUUUCUUUUUGACAGCACAAAUAGACAGGGAACUGUUUGUAAAAAGUUCUUAAAUGCUUUAUCUGUACCUUUAGCUCAUGAACGUAUUUCCAGUGUAGCCUUCAUCGAUUUGAGCAUCACCCCUUCCCUCUGUUUGUCUGUUUCCUGCUUCCAGGGGCUCUGUUAAUUAGAUUUUAUUUUAUUUUAUUUUAUUUUUUAAUACAAACCAAAGGUGAAAUUGCAAAUCUUAAAACCGCCUGUAUUACUUUUCUACAGGAAACGAAACCUUUCACAUCCUGCAUGUAUUAAGCACUUAAGCCUACAGAAGGCACUUUUUACAGUUCUUAGUUGCAGCACACAAUUAGAAAAAUAUAGUUAUAAACUCUCUAGGCCAAAUUCUACUUGUCUUUACCAUAUUUUCCCAAAGGCAUUGGUGGAAGCACUUGUGUAAAAUGAAAAUCACUUAUUUCUUUUUUCAAUUCAGCACAAACAUGUAUAGUUGAUUUGCACUACAGCAUUAUGGUCAUUAGAUGUUUGUGUCACCUUAGCCAUUAACCAUGAAUCUACUACCAGGAAAAAACAAUUGGGGAGGGGAAAUAUCAGGUGUAGAAAAAGGCGUAUGUAAAAAUUUAUGAUGACUUGCCAACUCAAAUGGUUUUGUUUUUUCCUUUUCUAUGCUAAAAGAACUUAUUUUUACUGCAAACAGUAUCAAAUUUUAAAAUACUUUUGCCAGUGUUUGGAUUAACAGAGCAAAGGCAAAGCAAUGAAAGCCUAACACCAAAAGUUGAAACCCCAGAUCCCAGUGUACCGUGCAGGAGAUGGGAAAUCCGUGCUAAAAAAGCCUGUUGUCACCAGCUUUUAAAGCAAUGUCAACUUUGUGAAUAUGUUUACUCCUUCUGCCAAAGUUUCUAGGUCAAAUGGACCACGACCCUCCUCUGCAACUGAUGUACAAAAGGAAGGAUGAGACUUUGUAAACAAAAACUAAACCUAAACAAAAAGCUACCAACCAGCUGUACCAAGAGGACCAAAAUGCUUCAGUAAUUAAAUGGAAGACUUUGCUACUAUUUUUUUUUCUUCAAAUGUGAGUGACAUAAUGAAGUAGUUUUUCUAAACCAUGAAAAUAUAAACUUUUGUGGUAAUGAAUAAUCUUGAGCGAACUUUUGCAUUUUACGACGCAGGUUUCGAGUUGACAUUUGUAACUGAUGAAGUGUUGACCACAGUUUGUUUGGUUGUUGUUUUUUUUUCAGGCAAAAGAAUAUGUUCAUAUGCUUUUAAUGUAAAUGAAUGGCUAUUUAUUUGAAAUGAAACAAAUGCCCAGGAAAAAUAACCUAUGGCUUGUUCUCCUACUUAGCAUUUGUGCGUAUUAUUUGGCGUGAUGCGAAAUGAAAUGUGAAUCUAGGCAAGACUGAUGGCCUGAGCAGAAAAAGGAAGGGCUGAGGCACUUCAGAUUGCCCGUUUUCUGGGAUGGAACACAAGGAGAAAGUGUAAAAGCAGAAAGCAAAGCACCUUCCCUCAUUUAAGAGCAGAAGGAAGAGAUCCAAGCCCUUGCUAUAAUUGCGCUUUUGAGCCACGUUCCACUGAAUUAUUAAAAAUCUGUUGGCAGAUUGCAGCUCUUCAACUAGGAAAAAUAUUUAUGUAUUGAGUUUAUUUUGCCAUGCUAAAGCUCAAUAAGAUUUCCCUACCGGUAGGUAAAAUUAAAUAUCGUUUCCUUGAACAUUAAAAAUUUCCAAAGUUUACAACAAAAAGUCGCAAGGAAUAGUGUCUGUGAAGGUGAACGGUUCUUUUCCCUCAGCUCUAUAUUUUCUGCAGAAUGACAGAGCACCUGAACCGCUGGUUUUCUCCUCAGAAAUAGCACAGAGUAACAUUUGAAUGAUGGAAUUUUCUCAACGGUUUUGCUUUUAAAAGUUGAAAAACAGCAAUAACCACCUUACUUUAAGCACUGAAAAUGCAAGGAGAGAUCAGUUGCUAAAGAUUUCAGUGGCGUCUGUUUGCAGGAUUGGCCUUUUAAUCUUAUUUUAACCAGAGAUGUAGGUAGGCUCCUUGGCAGGAUUAUAAACCUCAUCCUGAAAUUCAGCAAGUUAUUCUAUCCUACAUGAAGUUGCUUCAUUAGGAGAAAACCAGCCCUCUUUACAAAGAGGAUGGUGUCUUAUUUUAAAUGGCCAUUUAAAAAAAUUCAGUAUUUUUACUUGCUACCACGCUGAGUUAUUGAAAAUAUUUCUGUAUAUUUGCAAUACCUCGUAACUCUGGUAAUUGCGUAGAGCAAGAGCUGCUGCCUCUUAAUGACGUUACAGAGCACAGGUGAUCACUGAAUGACUUUGAUCCUUCUAGGAAACAAAUCUAAUCAUUACUGACUAAACUUUUCUGCAAAAUAACAAUGAUCUAAGUAUGCAAUAUUCCAGAAAUACGAUCUGUUAGCAUCUUAAGGGCAUUGGGAAAGUCAUGUUUUGAGUAUGGUGUAUUUGUCACGAGUCAGACACUUGGAAGUGCUCGGUAUUGGUCUAUCCCACAUCUCACCAGUUACCAGAAUCCCAUUUUUUGUAUGCUAGUACAUAAAUCUGCAAUAUAAUUUAUCACUUGUAGAAACAGAUUUGUAAUGUAGAGCAGGUAUUUAUGCAUGGGAAUAAUUUUACUCUUGUAAAUAAUCACCUCGCCUUUCUGCGGACGUUUUACAAGAGAUAAUCGUAUGUAGUUGUUGCACUUCACCCCGGAUCCUGCAGUUUCUAGUAUGUGGAUGACUUGUGUGUGUGCAGCAAGCAAAGGGUGUUUGGGGAGGGUUCAGCAGGAUCGUUUUAACCACAGCAGGACGGGGUCCCAAGUCUCUCUCAUAAAUACCAAGUUCCAACCUCCAGACUGCCUGAAAUUGCUGUGAAAUAGCUCAGGGGAUUUCUGUUCAUCGCUACUAAAAGGGCAGCGUAAUGUGUUUGGUACUUUUGAGCAGUGAACAACUGCCAGAUGACUGAGUUAGAACAAACACAUGAAAUGAAUUGUUUAUCCAUUGUACUGUUGAGAAACUUGGUUAUGUAUCUGGCGGAUGAUUUUUUUUAAAAAAUUGUGAUUUUUAUUCUUAGUCAUGUAAGAAAUAUUAGAGUGCCUUUUUAUAUUUGUGUAUUAUGGAAAUGUUUGGUGAAACUUGUCUCUUUUUCAUUUGAGUGUUAUAAAAGCAAUAUAUUACCAGUAAAUUUUAAUUUCAGACCUUCUUUGAAUGUAUAAAGUGUUUCUUCUUUUCAUAUGUUCUACCUGCAUUGAAAUGAAAAUUAAUAUGCUAAAUUUCUAUAGGAAUAAUGUAUAAUUUUUGCAGUGCUGAAAAUGCUUUCUUAUUACACACAAAGUAAACCUUAGGUCAGUGUUACAGGAAAGGGCGUUUUAAACUAGUGACAAUCUGAGUGUGUGUAUAAAAUGUAAUUUUAUGCAUUUCUUAUGCAGUGAUCUACAUAUUAAAGCCAAUAUCUUAUGUUUUGUAGGUUUUGUCUUAUAUUUUAUGCUUUAGCAUGUGCAAUAUAUCUUUGCAAACCAUGGUGAUACCAAUCUGGUGCCAGUGUUAUAUUUUGCAUAACAUUUGUAAUAAACAAUAUAAAAUAUUGUUGGCUGGUUUCUGUGGGGUUUUGUCAGUGUUGUUUGCUUUUGUAAAUCGAAGAUUAAGGACUUGGGUAAACAUCACACACAAAAUGAGGAAAAAGACUUCAGCGAAUGACUUGGAAUUCAACCUGAAUCUUCUCAAGCACAGUUUAGUAACUUUUUCGACUACUGAAUGCUGUAUUAAUGUAAUGAAGAACCCUAACUGUAAACUACUCUUGCAAUGCAUUCAGAUGGUUAUUUUUACAAAUAAAAAUGGUACAAAUACUGUUGGAAAA